AUGACGGCUUUGAGUCAAGCCAUUCGAAACAAACGUUGGAGACAAGCUCGAUUGCUAAUCGAAGCUGGCUCUGAUAUAAACUGGAAAGGCCAAAACAAGCGUUCUGUGAUUAUGGAAGUUUGUUUCCUAGACGACGAAGAGAAAGCACUCGGCUUGGCAAAGAUGCUUUUAAAAAACGGAGCUGACCUGAAUUUUCAGGACGAACAAGGGCUUACCACCUUGUCGUAUGCGUGUAUUUUGAAAAGGAAAAAACUUGUCGCUCUGUUUCUUCAGUAUGUGGACUAUGAUUUAAACGCCGUCGAUCGCGAUGGAAACACGGCACUCUUUCACGCAAUUACUGUUGGAGAUAUUUCGAUUGUCAAGAUGAUUGUUAAGAAAUUGAAAUACUACGCUUUAAGUGUGGAUACACAAAAUAGCAAAGGAGAAACGCCGCUAAUACAUGCACUAAAAGUAGGGCAUGCCCAGUGUGCAGAUAUUUUGAUUGAAGAUGGAAAGGCUUCGUUGGAAGUAUGCGACUUGGAGCACUACAAAACUGCAGCACAAUGGAAAAAAGAAAUGCAGCGCAAAAGAAAACGGAUUAUUUCUCCUUUUUACACCGUCGAAAAUAAGAAGGUGACAGAAAAAUCAACGCAAAAGUUGCGCAAGACUGUGAGCGCAAAAGCGAUGAAAAGUUGUCUGUUUCCAGACAUUGUCGAGAGGAAAAAUAUGAAGAAGGAUCGGCCUUUAACUGCGCCUGAUAGAAUUAUAGUUCCUGCCUUUUUUACUCCUUGUACGCCAGUGCAGGAAGAUUUAUUAAGACUAUAUGGAAUAUUCAAUCAACAAACCACUAGCUCAUAUCGCAAAGGGUAUAAAUUUGUCCCGAAACCGGUCAAACCUCUUCCGCCAUUAGCCGAAGAAGGCACAGAAGGCAUUGAAGAAAACCCCUCGGAGCAGGGUAAAUCUAAAAUGAACUUCUCGCAGAUAAACGAGAUCAACGUAAGACUUAAAGGUUUGCAAAAAGCCGUCAAAAACAGGAAGAAUUCUUCUUCGCCACUGAGUAACACAAACACUGCAGGAUCGCCUCUAAAUUCAGAAGGAAGAGUGAAAUCAGGUAAGAAAAAGACUGCAAAGUUAGUACGUAAAGGAGAGAGCACGGAAUCACCAGGAAUAGAGAUAUCCUUAGAAGCUGAAAAAAAUUAA